AUGCGGGAGCACCGGCUCAUUCAGAGCCUCCGGGCAAAGGUGCAGGCCCGCCCGCAGUGCGAGCCUGUGGAUAGGCGGGCAGUGAAGCAAGCUGCUUUGGCGCCAAGCCUGUCCUUUGACUUGAGCGUGGAGGACAGCAUGGAGGACUCGAAGCGAUCCUUGCUGGAGGUUUUGCCUCCGGAAGGCGUGUGUCCUCGAUUGCUGCUGAAGGAGCGGUUGGAGGCGCAGGUCCGCCGAGAACUCGCCAAGGGCUUGGUUGUGGAGGAAGCUGAGUGCGAAGAGGCGCAGGAGGCGAAUUUGCGCGCGGCGAAGCCGGCUGAGCAGCAGUCAGAGGCAGAGACCAGUAGAAGCGCAGAGCAGCCAUGUCCGACCGGACACGCGGAGGUUCCGGUCGCUGGACACAAAAGCCGGCGGGUGGUGGAGGACGAGCCAGGCGAAGCUGCUGCGAGCGCUGCGCACGGAGGAGGCGUUGGCGAGCUUUGCGACAGGACUUCCCCCCGCUUCGGUUCCGGACGCCUCACAGCGAGCAAAAAGAGGACUGAGACGCUGUCCACGACAUCGACAACUGCCUCGGAGGCGCCCCAGCCCCGGAGACGCUUGCGCCGCCAAGUGGAGGAUGAGGAGGAGCCUGAAUCAACUUCUGCCAAGGACAGCCAAGAGACCCGUGACCAACUCAGCGACGCGGACGAGCUCUCGGCGGGUGAGGCGGACGAGCCCUUGGAUGCAGAGGAAAUCGAUGAGGCGCAGAUAGCGCGUCGUGAGCGUCAACAGCGGCGCUGGGAGGAGAAGGAGUUGGGGCCGGAGUUUGCGAUGUCCAUCUUGAGCAAGGAGGAGUUCUUGCGCUUCAAAGCGCAGACCGCCAGCAAGCCUCCGCCUCCCGAGCCUAAGGAGGCGCUGUGGUCGCGGGGAGAUGAAGAUCUCUCAGACGUCUUUGUGAGGUUAUGUCCCAACAAGCCGCGCAAGGCGGGGUUCUUUGGCGCAAGGCUGUCGGGACGGCCUGCGCUCCUGGAACGGCGUUGA